AUGGACAGUGGAAAAGUUGACAUCGAUCAAUUGAUAACGCUAUCAUGUUUAGGAGUUGAUGUACAUGUCAUGGAAAGAAUGGGUAAUUACAUUCAAAGAAAUUCAAGCAUCUCUACUGUUGUACGAAAGUUUCUCGGCCCCACCGCCUGCUCACAUAUCCAAUGCUCCUAAAUCAUCAUCAGCAGAAGCCAUGUGAUGAUAGCCGACAAAGUCAUAGAAUAAUCUAA